AGUCAGGUAGCACUGGUAUCAGCCACAACUGAUUUCAUUUGGUUCAACAGGUCUUCACAAGCACGGCAUAUUGCUUGGUGAUUGAAGGGUGUUUUUAAAUGGGCCAGUUAUACAACACUGGCAUAAGCCAUGGCUACAAUCUCACUUGGCUUGCCAGGUCUCCUCAAGCACAGCAUAUCUCCAAAGGCCUCAGUCACUUGUUAUUACCUCUGUGAGGCCCAACAUUCAAAGGUCGUGCUUCACCACUUCAUCCUAUGUUUUCCUGGCUCUACCUCUUCUGCAGGUUACCUCCACUGUUGGGGGUGACACUUUUUCACAUAGCUGUCCUCAUCCACACGCAUCACAUGCCUAUACCAAUGCAAUCGUCUCUCUUGCACACAUCUGAUGAUUCUUAUAUCCAACUUUUCUCUCAGGGUGCUUCCACUCUGUCAUGUAUGCACGCUAACAUUACACAACCAGUGGAGCAUACUAGCUUCAUUUCUUUUAAGACUACACAUGUCCUCAGCAGUCACAGCCCAUGUUUCACUGCCAUGUAGCAUGGCUGUUUGCAUACAGGCAUCAUACAGUCUACCUUUCACUCUGAGCAAGAGGCCUUUGUUACCAGCAGAGGUAGGAGCUCUCUGAAUUUUACCCAAGCUAUUCACAUUCUAGCAGCUACACUCUCAGGUCAUCCACUCUCGCUACUGACUUGGUCACCUAGGUAAUGGAAGCUAUCAACCACUUCUAGUUUUUCCCUCUGGCAUGGGAUGGAAUCUGUUUUCUGUAUAUCUUCAGUGUUUAUUGAACUUGUGCAUCUACUACACACAAAAACUAUCGUCCCAGUUAACCUUCCUUUGAUAUUGCUGCACCUUUUAUGUGUCCAUAGCUUACACUGGGUACAGUUUUAUAAAUUAAGAACCCUGUAUUUAUGUACAUGCAUGUUUUGUCUUUGUGUCUUGACAUCAUAGGAUACUUAUAAGCAACUAUCACCAUCAUACAAGCAAUGUCCUUUGUUUCCAAUCUUGUGUUAAUAUGUAUGCCUAUGGGGAAAUAUGUUUGCUUUGAAACAAGUGAGUGUUGGCAUAGACAACCAGUAUCUGGUUGUAGAAAAUAUCUCAAUGAAUUCCUUCUGACCUACGGAAGUAUGGAAAGUGGACGUAAAAACGAUGGUGAUGUAAGUAGUGUGAUUAAGGAAAAAUAUACAUAAAACUUCUAUAAUAUCAUUAUCCAAAACUGGGAGAAACGUCACCGUACAUUCAGUCUGCAAGCAUUUUUGCCUCCCAAACUAUAGUCAAUCCUUUUGUUCCUUUGCUAAAACGAUCUCUAUCAAAUGUAAAGAAUCCCAUUCUCAAGAAGGACAAUCCUGUCAACUUUGUGCUAUUGCAUACACUUUUAACAUCUCAAAAAUGUUGGAGACAGCAAUUAAUAAUUAUUUCAAAUUUUGGCACAUGGUUAGCAAUUUCGAGGAAGGGGAUAAGUCAAUUAUAUCGACCCCAGUGUUCCACUGGUACUUAAGAAUGAAAAGCAAAGUCGACCUCGGUGACAUUUGAUCUCGGAGUGUAAAACCAGAAAAAAUGCCGCUAAGUAUUUUUUUUUCCGGCGCCGUAACGUGUUCUGCCAGCUAGCCGCCUUGACAGCUGUUACGCCGAGCGAAAUGCUUAGCGGAAUUUCGUCCAUCCUUACCUUCUGAGUUCAAAGUCCGCUGAGGUCGACUUUGCCUUUUAUUCUUUUGGAGGAGAUAAAAUAAAGUACCAGCUAAGUACUGAGGGUGAUGUAAUCCACUUAUCUCCUCCCGUGAAAUUACUGACAUUGUGCCAAAAAUUUGCAAUCAACCUUCUCCAACAUCUAGAAUCUCCCUUCUCGAUAACUACCAGGACUAUUUCCGAAAAAGUUAGAUCUAAUGCCGAACUACUUUGUUAUGCCAUUCACCAGUAGGCACUUGCUCUCAAGAAAUUUGGGGAAAACAAGUUGUUACGUCAGUAAACUUUCGGCUGUGUCUAACGCAAGGAUCUCUCAAAACUACCUGACUAUGGGGCUCAUACAAUCUUGUCCGAUAGAUUUAAAGUACACACGCACACAAAAGACAAAGAGAGAAUGUGAAAUAACACCUGCUAACAUACGAGAAAUUAGUGUCUUUUUUUUAUGUUAGCCUGUGGUUAAAUAAGAUAUUAUUUCUUCUAGCGGUUGUAGGUUAAAUAACCGAAAAUAAUGUAGCUCACGGCUAAAACUUUCAUAGCGCAACCGAAUGAACCCUCAGCUCUGAGUGCACAGAAAAACUAGAAACUUUCCAUCACGGAAAAAAGAUGUUCCAAGCAUUAUCGUCUUUUCACCAUCCCUCCUGCAUAUUAUGUUUCUCAAAGCUGUGUCCUUUUUUAUUUUUAUUAUUAUUAUUAUUAAUAACUGCGAUUUAGCAGUUAUUCCUUGCAGCUCGACUGACCCACACGAAUUAUAUUCUGAAUUGGAGCGUAACCAUCGGGAUUGAGAACGUCACUUAAUAGCUAGAAUAAAGGUUUCAUCACAAGGACAGCAAACGUAAUAGAUAUGAAUACAUUAUAAGCAAGCUAUGAAAAGAUUGAAAUUCUGAAAGAUUUAAAGCUACCUACAGGCUUCUAACGAAAAAAAAGGGGAUGGAAUAAAUUAAGAUUUAGAAAGCUUGUAUCAAAGAAAACAAUCGAAAAACUGAUUAGAGGUGCGUUCUUCGCUUCCUAUAAAUGACAGUUCGUUGAUUAUCAUCGCCGCCUGUUUACUAAAUAUAUAAACAUUGUGGAUAUUAUUUCUUUAGAAAAUGCCCACACAAGUUAAUGGAGUUCUAGAUUCGCAAAUGGGAAGAAAAACCAUAUCAACACAGUUAUAACUGACAGAAUACUGCCUACUGGACCCUAGCAGCGGGAAAUUUAGACAGUGUCACGUGACAACUUGCUGGGGCAGCCUGCUGGAGCCUAGCAGCAGGUAUAAAAAGGGGAAUUUGACAAGCCAGUCAGUCGGACACUGACACUCGUUGAUGCUGCAUCGAAGAGGCCAGGGAAUAGAAGAAAGAAGACAUGCACCCAACACCAGAGCUGAAGACACCUCCGAAAGGGGGGUCCCGCCACGUCAAAACGGUAGAGGAGUAGGGGCCGAAACCGGACGUGGUUCCUCCUGAUGAUGUCUUGAGCUAACUGGAUCCUAUAAAGGAGCUGUUGUGAUAGCAGACCACGAAACAUGGUUGAAAUUCCUCAGAUGUUCAAAAGCGUGGAAGAUUUUAUAAUGAAAAUGGCCAUGGCUGAGAUCACCGGUGAUAAUAGGUCUUGUUGGGUAAGGUAUGACUUGGGAUUAAAAGACAAAGGUACACCAGAGAGUGGAGUUCUUGAUAGACAAUACCUGAAAAUAAGAUCGUGCUGGACAGUGGGCGUACUAAUUUUAGCACUCUCUACUGAUCAGAGGUGCGUUCUUCGCUUCCUAUAAAUGACAGUUCGUUGAUUAUCGUCGCCGCCUGUUUACGAAAUAUAUAAACAUUGUAGAUAUUAUUUCUUUAGAUUUGUUAACAUUGUCUCAGUAAUAAUUAAUAGAUUGAUGUAAUUAAGAGAUUGUUCAUUUACCAGAUUAAAAAAAAAACUACAUAUAUCUUGUAAGAAUGUUCUGGUGAAUCUAUCAGUCUUCAUAAAUUUCUCAUAUAUUACAUCAACAUAUCAUUUCAUCUACGAUCUACAUUGUUAUGUUAUCAGAUGGCACCAAGAAAAAAAUUUUUCCCUGUAGAUUAUCAACAUAUUUAUCAACUUUUGAACUCUAAAAUAUCUUCAUCAAGCUGGUGUCAUCUUGUUUCUUCAACUUUUGAUUGAAUGACUGUGAAAUAUUUCCUUAGAAUUAAGGUUAUUUACAAAACUUUCUGUACAAAUGCUCACUAAAAGAUUUUCUACACAUAUUAAACAUGGAAGAUUUGCCCUGAAGUUUGAAUUGUUAUGUGCAAGGAUUUAUAUAUCUAGAUGUAUCUUAUUUAUUAUAUUAGUUUAAUGAAACUUUAAUUGCUGAUUGUUAAUUAUAAGAUUCUGAACUAAUAAAUCCACUUGAAGUUCUUUUCUUACAAGGAAAAUAAGGUUAAACAAGAAAAAUAUGGAGGAGAAAGCAGAGCCUGAAAAUACUGAUUCAUCUGAUCAAAUGCAAGAAAGUACAGAAGUGAAUUUAUAUGCUUGUGAUAUGUGUGGAAAAUUAUUCAGCACAAGCAAUCUGUUAUCUUCCCAUAAAUGUAUUCUCUCUAGUAGCAAAAACCUGCACCACUGUGAUAUUUGUGAUAAAACAUUCUCUCAAAAUAGCAGUUUACUUUCCCACAAACGUAUUCAUACAGGAGAAAAACCAUUCCAAUGUGAUAUCUGUGGCAAAAAUUUGUCUCGCAAGGAUAAGUUAUCUAUCCACAAACGUAUUCACACUGGGGAAAAGCCAUACACUUGUGAUAUUUGUAGUAAAGCAUUCUCUGAGAAGGGUGGUUUAAUUGCUCACAAACGUAUUCAUACAGGAGAGAAACCAUACCAUUGUGAUAUCUGUGACAAAUCAUUUUCUGAAAUGCGUAAUCUAGUUUCCCACAAACGUAUUCAUACAGGAGAAAAACCUUACCAAUGUGAUGUUUGUGAUAAAGCAUUCUCUGUGCCUGGCAAUUUGGUUACCCACAAACGUGUUCACACUGGUGAAAAACCAUAUCAAUGUGACAUCUGUGGGAAGUCGUAUUCUGGAAGUUCUAACUUGUCUACACACAAACGUAUUCACACAGAAGAGAAACCAUACCACUGUGAUAUCUGUGAUAAAUCAUAUUCUGGAAGUGCUGCUUUGUCCCGCCACAUACGUCUUCACACAGGAGAAAGACCAUAUCACUGUGAUGUUUGUGGUAAAACAUUUUCUCAAAUAGGUCAUUUCUCUCGACACAUACGUAUUCACACAGGAGAAACGCCAUACCACUGUGAUAUCUGUGGCAAAACAUUCUCUGAAAGUGGUCAUCUCUCUCGACACAAACGGAUUCACUCAGGUGAAAGACCAUACCACUGUGAUAUAUGUAAUGAAACUUUUUCUAGAAGUGAUAGUUUAACUCAACACAAACGUAUUCACACAGGGGAGAAACCAUACCAUUGUAAUAUUUGUGGUAAAGCUUUCUCCAUUGCUAGCAAUUUAGUUGCCCACAAACGUAUUCAUACAGGAAAGAGACCAUACUACUGUGAAAUCUGUGGUAAAACAUAUUCUGGAAGUGCUGAAUUGUCUCGCCAUGUACGUAUUCACACAGAAGAAAGACCAUAUGACUGUGAUGUCUGUGGUAAAAAAUGUUCUGGAAGUGCUAAUUUGUCUUGUCACAUGCGUAUUCACACAGGAGAAAGACCAUACCAUUGUGAUAUAUGUGGUAAAACAUUCUCUCAAAGUGGUCAUUUCUCUCGACAUAAACGUAUUCACUCAGGAGAAAGACCAUACCAUUGUGAUAUCUGUAGUGAGACAUUUUCUAGAAGUGAUAAUUUAACUCAACACAAACGUAUCCACAUAGGAGAGAACUUACAGCCAUGUGAUCUAUAGGUAAUACAAAUAUGAACAUAAUGAAUUUGUGGGUAUUGAUUUUACCACAUCAGUUAUCAUAUUCUUAUUCUUCACCAUCAGUGUUUAAUGGCAAUCAUUCUAUUCUGGUAGUCUAUCUGAUAGUCCAUUGUACCUUUCAUGUGCACUUGACCAUCUGGAUAGUUUAUGCCUCCAUUAAUAUUUAUUAUUCCUCUCCAUACAUUAGAAUUGCCAAAAAACACAUCCUUUGUUUAUUUUUGUUUAUUCACAUUAUUGAACUCAUAUUUGCUUACUUCGAAUAUAUUGAGUAAUAGUUUCCUUUGCACACAUAAGACUACAAACAGUGGUGCCAUCUGAAGUAUUCUCCUAAUUGAUAAAUGUAAAGCAGGGUGUCUGUUCUUAACUGGAACCUCUUGCUGUUGUCUCACUAAAAUUAUAGAACCUCUUGCUCUACUUCUUAGUAACAAACACAAGCUCCAUCUUCUCUUCUGUACUAACUUGACUAUACAAUGUAUAUUUGGUCAAUCACACUGAGACCUGUGUAAUUUUCCAUUUCUAGUGCAUAUUCUUUAUUGCAAUUGAUGAUGAAAGAGCUACUUCAGCCAUUAUCUUCCUGCACUCGAUGUAUAUUUCGUAGAGUAGUUAAAUAUCUUGAUACUUUAACUUUCCCUGAUGAACCUGCUUCCAUCUGACUUUUUUUUAUCAUGCUGAUAGCCGAGCCAUUUGUUUCUUUCUACUGGAAAGAGUUCUUCAUUGUCCCAUUUAUACUCUCAUUCUCAACUACACAUAAUAGUACUUCCCCUUUCUUGUCACUUAAUGAAAGUAAGUACACUGGUAUUGUUUCUGACACAUUUUUCUGUGGACAUUCUAGUUUAUAUGAACAGAUUGUAUUGCAGUUUGAACUGUUUUUAUAAGUUAGUGAAGUAUUUCCUGAACCUAAAGAAGAGCCUUAGCCUCUGUGAUGGGAUUCAUUGAUAUUGUAUUUGUGAGUUUGCUAUGAGCAAUCAUCAGAGAUUGUGAGGUCUAGCAUAUGUAGCGAUAUAAAUUUUUCAGUGUCUCCUGUUCGUGACAGAGUGGUUAAGGUACAAGACUGUUCUCUUGCUAUGUAUAGUAACUGUCUUUGUGUUGGUGAAUCUAAGUCAUCAUGCUCCCAUUGAAGAAUAUUCUCAAAAUCAUUAUUCAUAGAAGCUGUUACUUCACUAGUAAGAUGAGUACAAAAUCAGUCUAUAGCUAAUACCCUCUUGACAAGUAUGUUACUAGUUGGUUGGCUAUCUUUCUGAAGAUUGUGUUGCAAAUGUUAAGAUCAGAGAAAUGCAAAAAUUUUAAGCAUUUUUGUUUACAUGUUCCAUGUUCAAAGCUUCCAUAUUUGCUAGUAAACCUUACUGGUAUUUCUUAACAUUGUCAUUGAAGAUGACAUCAGUUCUUGAAGCAGCUUUACAAAAACCUCAGAAUUUGUUCUUGUCUUUUACCACAAAAUUAUAUUUAAGUGAACCAUAACAACUUCAUCGGAUAACCUUUUAGAACAUUUCAGUAGCUAAUCCACAGUGUUACUGUGAACUAUCACUGAAAAUGAGAACAUAGUGAAGAUCAGAAAACACAAUUCAUUAAAAUAAAACCUUGAAAUAUUA